GUGGUGUCACCAUGUUUUAAAGGAUGUCUAGAUGCUCUUCCUUAAAGAUUCUGCACAUAGCAGUGAUAAAGAGAUGAGGAAAUCUGCUGUCUUGGGCUGGCCAUAGAUUCACAGGCUUUAUUAGUAGAUAGGAUUAGAGAAGAAGAACAGGCUGCCAAGCUCCUGUCCUCUGAGAUUUCCUUCUUUAGACUAUUAGUGUCACUGAAGAGCUCCCAUGAAUAGAGGGAGCAGAAACUGAGGAAAAGGCUGGAACCAUUCUAUUUUGCUGGCAUGUACUGAGGACAAGGCAAUUUCUGGAUCAUAAGCUCUGCUGAAAAUGUCUGUCCAGUUUUCUUCACAGGCACCCUGGAGGAACAACAACAUCAGUUUUCUAAGCAGAGAGGCAGCUGUAACAGAGCAAGGAGAGACUAUCAUAGGUUUCUACCUACUGGCUUUAGGCUGGCUGUCUUGGUUUGGAAACAGCAUUGUGAUUUUUGUCCUGUAUAAACAACGACACCUUCUGCAGCCCACUGACUACCUCACAUUUAAUUUGGCAGUAUCAGAUGCCAGUAUUUCUGUGUUUGGUUACUCACGGGGAAUUAUUGAAAUCUUCAAUAUCUUCAGAGAUGAUGGAUUCAUUAUCACAUCAAUAUGGACUUGCCAGGUGGAUGGCUUCCUGACGCUUCUCUUUGGCCUGGCUAGCAUUAAUACCCUUACAGUAAUCAGUGUGACUCGCUACAUCAAGGGCUGCCAUCCUGAGAGAGGUCACUGCAUCAGCAACAGCAGUAUGACGGUGGCUCUUGUUCUCAUCUGGAUAGCAGCUUUCUUCUGGUCAGCAGCUCCAUUGCUUGGCUGGGGCAGUUAUACAGAUCGUAUGUAUGGCACAUGUGAGAUAGACUGGGCAAAAGCCAACUUCUCUACAAUUUACAAGUCCUACAUUGUCUCCAUUUUUAUCUGCUGUUUUUUCCUACCUGUCUCAGUCAUGGUCUUCUCAUAUGUGUCAAUUAUCAAUACAGUUAAGCUAAGCCAUGCACUAACAGGACUGGGCGAUCCCACAGACAGGCAGAGGAGAAUCGAGCGCGAUGUCACCAGGGUUUCUAUUGUCAUUUGCACAGCCUUUAUUAUUGCGUGGUCACCAUAUGCUGUCAUCUCUAUAUGGUCUGCCUAUGGGCACCCUGUGCCAAAUCUUACCAGCAUCCUUGCCAGUUUGUUUGCUAAGUCUGCCAGCUUCUAUAAUCCCAUUAUCUACUUUGGAAUGAGCUCCAAGUUUCGGAGGGACAUUUUCAUCUUGUUCCAUUGUGCCAAGGAAGUCAAGGACCCUGUGAAGCUAAAACGGUUCAAAAACCUCAAGCAGAAGCAACAAGAGCCCUCUCAGAAAGGAGAGAAGUAUGCAGGAGAAAUGCAUCCUGCACCAAGUCCUGAUUCUGGAGUGGGAAGUCCAACCAGCACCCCACCUCCAGCAAACAGGGAAGUGUAUUUUGGUGUUCUUGAUACUGCAUCUAACAACCCUGAUAUCGAAUGUGAUAGACUCUAAGUUUUGAGGCCACACUGUGUUCAGGAAGACCUUCUUCAGAUCAGUGCUUGAGUGAUUUCCUAACUCCCAGUUCAGCUGUUCCCUACUAUAGCAUUGGUGACUACACAGAUGAAGCAAAUCAGAUGGUAAAGCGAUAUUUUCCCUCUGUGUAACUACAAAACAUUGUGAAGAACAUCACAGCAUGGGCAGCAUAUCCAGUGGCAGAAACACUUGAUUUUUACAUGCAUGCAGGAAAAGGAAGGCUGAUGUGUGAAGAGCAGGCAUUAGCUAGCUAAAAUAACUAAAAAAUUAUUAGUUAGGAGAUUACACUUCCAAAUAUGUUACUUUAUGCCACGGGCUACGGUGCCACAGGCACCAGAAGGGACGGGGAGAUGCCUGCUGCAAGCAGGUUCUGUUUAUUGCACCCCAAGCAUGGGUUUAUAUAUUUUUCAUCAGAAGGCUACAUAAGAAGGUUACAAACCAUAUUAAACUCUAACUGGUUACAUGUAUUUGUGUUAAGGAUUAUGUUAGGAUUACACACUAAUUGCUAGGAUACCUUAAUUACGUCUUUCUUAUCUCCUAACAAGACACAUCCCAACUUUUCUUAACAAAGCAUAUCCUUAUCUAGCCCUUCAGCAGAGUAUAUCAUAUGAGCCCUAAGGAACCAGAUAUAGUGUCUAGGUGAAAGAGACAGGCACCAAGCUGUACCGAGCUGUGAAGCCAUAAAACAGUAAGAUAAGACUUGAGGCCUCUUGUUUUACACUCACUGCAUUCCUUUAAGAUCACUUUGACCCUACACUUUCACCCAGCUCCGUGUCCUGCUUUCAAGCUCAUGGUUUAUGCUUCAGUGUACAAUCAUCAAACAAUUCUAUAGAAUCACUACAUUUAAUAUUACUAUUCCCAACAAUUUUACUCUUCAGCAGUUCCAGCUAUAGAGGCUUGUUUUAGAUCUGUGGUGCUGCACAUGUUUUAAGAGAAGAUGGGAUCCCUUGAGGUUGCUGCUGCAGCUCCAACAAGCUGUGAGCUGGUAGGCAAAGCUGGGUGCUCCCUUUGGAGCACUUAGGCAUGGCCACCACAGGUCUCUCAGGCCCCAUUCAUGGAGGGUGUGUGUCUGGUCACCAGUGCCUGACUCUGUCCACGUCUGUACAAGUGGUAGAAGUCCUAGAUUUCAGCACUUUUAGUCAGUGUAGUCUGAACAGUGACUUCAUACUUCCUCAUCUGCAGAUUUAUUUCCACUUUCCCUGACCUUCAUGGUAAGCAGGGCCUGGCUGUAGCAUUCUGACUCAGGAAAGCUGGCCUUUAACUUUACUGCUGUCUCCACACUGGUUGGUUUUCUACCUGGCUACUAAGGCGGAGCAAGAAGCAUUGUACAAGUACUGAACCCCAAAAUGAUAUUUAAGAGUACUGACCAGGCAUGUCAUCAGAGCUAUUGGUACAAUCUAAUUCAACACUUCAGAGCUGCUUCUACAGAAAGCUUUCUCCCUCCCUAUGGGUAAAAAAAUUAGGUAAAUAUAACUAAGUAGCAAUUAAGGAUAAUUGUUUCAAUAGCAAAGCCAUAGGCUUAGUCUCAAGACUCUCAUAUGUUUUAAGAGCAAAUUAAUCCACCAAGUUUAUUUUACAGAAGCCUAGUGAGGAGAUGCAUCUUCAGAAUUCCCCACUGAAUCCUCAGGGACUUCUCUCUGUCUAUGAGCUGUGGAAACUGUGGCUUCUUUUAGUGUCAUUUGCAAGUUAAACAAGGUGGGGGAGGGGGGGGGGGAAGAAGAAACAAACCUGCACCAACAUUGGUUGCUAACCUCACUGCUAUUUAUGACUUUUUGGAGUCUCACUGUCCACGUGUGCUGAGAUGUGGUUGUUUUGCAGAAGUAGGCUUUUCCAGAUGUGUUUCUUGGGAAGGUGACAGAGAUGGAAUGCCUUCAUUUCCCCUAUUGCUCUGUUUGUUUUGAGAAAAUCACCUGUGUUUUGAAGUUGGAAACAAAUAAACAUUAUAAGCAAC